UAGGGAGCGGGAGGGGCGGGCGGAAAGGCCGCUUCCGGAGGGGGCGGGGCUUUGCUGUGACCUCUGACCUCGCCCCUGGAUCACGUGGGUGGCGGCGGUGGCGGCGCACGCGGACGGAGCCAUGGAGCAGUUGAGUCCCACUGGGAAGCAUCCCCCUGGGAAGAGUGAGGAGGAGCCAUGGGACAGUGAAGAGGAGGAGAGUGAGGAGAGUGUCUACUCGGGGCUGGAGGACUCGGGCAGUGACAGCUCGGAGGAGGAGGAGGAGGAUGAAGGCUCCAGUGGCACUGAGUCACCCCAGAUCCAGGCCAGAGGGACUCCCAGGAAGAGCAAAGCCUUGGAGGACGACUCGGUGCUGAAGGAUCAGGAUGUUCUGCUUGCUCAGAACGAGUAUGAAGAGGACAGCUCAGAUGAAGAGGACAUUCGCAACACGGUGGGGAACAUCCCCAUGGAGUGGUACCAGGACUUCCCUCACAUUGGCUACGACCUGGAUGGGAAGAAGAUCUACAAACCCAUCAGGAGCAAGGACGAGCUGGACAUGUUCCUGGAGAAGAUGGAGAACCCCGACUACUGGAGAACCGUGCAGGACAAGAUGACCGGCGCCGACCUCAGGCUGACGGACGAGCAGGUGGAGCUGGUCCAGCGCCUCCAGAGGGGGCACUUCGGAGACCUCCACUUCGACCCCUACGAGCCUGCCGUGGACUUCUUCAGCCACGAGGUGAUGAUCCACCCGGUGACCAACCGCCCCGCCGACAAGAGGAGCUUCAUCCCCUCCCUCGUCGAGAAGGAGAAGGUCUCCAAGCUGGUCCAUGCCAUCAAGAUGGGCUGGAUCAAGCCCCGCAAGCCCAAGGACGACUCACCAACCUACUAUGACCUGUGGGCCCAUGAGGAUCCCAACUCCAUCCUGGGCCGCCACAAGAUGCAUGUCCCAGCACCCAAGAUGAAGCUGCCAGGCCAUGAGGAGUCCUACAACCCCCCCCCAGAGUACCUGCUCAGCGAGGAGGAGAGGCUGGCCUGGGAGCAGCAGGAGGCGGCGGAGCGGAAGCUGAACUUCCUGCCGCAGCGCUUCGGCAGCCUGCGGCAGGUCCCGGCCUACCCUCGCUUCAUCCACGAGCGCUUCGAGCGCUGCCUCGACCUCUACCUCUGCCCCCGGCAGAGGAAGAUGCGGGUCAAUGUGGACCCUGAAGACCUGAUCCCCAAGCUGCCAAAGCCACGAGACCUCCAGCCAUUCCCCACCACCCAGGCACUGAUCUACCGAGGCCACACCAGCCUGGUCCGGUGCCUCAGCGUCUCUCCCAGUGGCCAGUGGCUGGUGUCAGGCUCCGAUGACGGCACGGUGAGGUUCUGGGAGGUGUGCACAGCUCGCUGCAUGAAGACCCUGCCCGUGGGGGGCGUGGUGAAGAGCGUGGCCUGGAACCCCAACCCCACCAUCUGCCUGGUGGCCAUUGGCGUGGAGCAGUCGGUGCUGCUGGUGAACCCCUGCCUGGGGGACAAGCUGCUCCAUGGAGCCACCGACCAGCUGCUGGAGUCCUACGUGGCGCCGGAGGAGGAGCGCGUCCAGCCGGUGCGGUGGGCCACAGCCAGCGCCGAGCAGCGCGGCAGAGGGAUCCGCCUGCUGAUCCAGCACAGCAAGGCGGUGAAGCAGGUGACGUGGCACGGCAAGGGGGACUACCUGGCCAGCGUGGUGUCGGACAACAGCAGCAUGCAGGUGCUGAUCCACCAGAGCAGCAAGCGCUGGAGCCAGAGCCCCUUCCGCAGGAGCAAGGGGCUGGUGCAGGCCGUCCUCUUCCACCCCACCAGGCCCUACUUCUUCGUGGCCACCCAGCGCUACGUCCGCGUCUACAACCUCCUCAAGCAGGAGCUCACCAAGAAGCUGAUGACCAACUGCAAGUGGGUGUCCAGCAUGGCCAUCCACCCUGGAGGUGACAACAUCAUCUGUGGCAGCUAUGACAGCAAGCUGGCCUGGUUCGACCUGGACCUCUCCACCAGACCCUACCAGCUGCUGCGGCACCACAAGAGGGCGCUGCGCAGCGUCGCCUUCCACCGCCGGUAUCCUCUCUUCGCCUCGGGCUCCGACGACGGCUCGGUCAUCGUCUGCCACGGCAUGGUCUACAACGACCUCCUGCAGAACCCCCUGCUGGUGCCUGUCAAGGUGCUGAAGGGCCACGUCCUCACCAUGGACCUGGGCGUCCUCGACGUCCUCUUCCACCCCACCCAGCCCUGGGUCUUCUCCUCUGGUGCCGACGGCACCGUCCGGCUCUACACCUAGCCGCUG